CCCGGCGGAGCAGGAAAAGGCGGCACUCGGGAGAGCUGCCGCCACCACCGCCGACCUAGCCGCCGAGGGGGAACCCCCCCACGCUGGAGGAGAAGAGGGAGCGACCCUGAACCCUCACGACGGCCGCAGGACGAGACCGGCGCCUCGGGCGGGGUGCUGUCAUUCCCUUCAAAGGAGCUAUCAUCCUCCUGUCUCUACAUGCAGCUGGCAACCUCAGCUUUUCAGGUGUGACACAAGAUGUGGCUGGCUGUAGUUGAGUCAUGUUUGAUCCUUGGAACUGUAUCGGCGCAAAGAUUUGUUGGCAAUAACAUCCCUUCUAAUCCUGAAGUAUUUAUGACUAUUAGUGAGAUCAUCACCUACUGGGGAUACCCAAGUGAAGAGUAUGAUGUUGUGACAGUAGAUGGUUAUAUACUUAGUGUUAACAGAAUACCUCAUGGGAGAGUACCUGCUAGCAACACAGGUCUGAAGCCUGUUGUGUUUCUGCAGCAUGGUUUACUUACAGAUGGUAGCAACUGGAUCACUAAUGUGGCUAAAAACAGCCUGGGCUUUAUUCUGGCAGAUGCAGGCUAUGAUGUUUGGAUAGGAAAUAGCAGAGGGAACACCUGGUCUAGAGGUCACAAAACUCUGUCAGUGCUCCAAAAGAAAUUCUGGGCUUUCAGCUUUGAUGAAAUGGCUAAAUAUGACCUUCCGGCAGUGAUUGACUUUAUUGUGAAGAAAACUGGACAAGAGCAACUGUAUUAUGUUGGCCAUUCACAAGGCACCACUAUAGCUUUCAUAGCAUUUUCAACCAUGCCCCAGCUGGCUCGAAGAAUCAAAAUGUACUUUGCCUUAGCUCCUGUAGCCACAGUUAAAUAUGCCAAAUCCCCAUUGACAAAGCUUGCAUUGCUUCCCAAUUCAGUUAUCAAGAUUUUAUUUGGCGAUAAAGAUUUCUUACCCCACAGUUAUUUUGGUGAAGUGGUUGCUAAUUCAUUUUGCAGACAGGAUAUAUUAGCAGAGAUUUGUGGUAAUGUUCUGUUUGUGCUGUGUGGAUUUAAUGAGAAGAACUUAAAUAUGAGCCGAGUAAAUGUGUAUACAGCACAUUCCCCAGCUGGAACAUCCAUACAAAAUAUGAUUCAUUGGAAACAGGCAAUUAAAAGUGGUGAAUUUAAAGCUUAUGACUGGGGAAUCCUGUCCAACUAUGUGCACUAUGAUCAGGUUAAUCCUCCCUUAUACAAUGUGACAGACAUGCAAGUGCCAACUGCGAUGUGGAGUGGUAGAAAUGAUUUGCUUUCUGACCCUAGGGAUGUUGCCCUAUUGCUCCAACAAGUCACCAAUCUUGUUUACUUCAAGGACAUUCCUGAUUGGAACCAUCUUGAUUUCAUCUGGGGCCUUGAUGCACCUAAGCGCAUGUAUAUUGAAAUCCUUGAUUUGAUGAAGAAAAAUCAAUGAAAAUACUGUGGCUGUAGGAGCGAAGAUUUGAUUAAUUUCUGUUGAUAUCUAUCUUGUUUUUUUUAGUGAACUACAAAGUAUUUGGCCAAAAUGGUUUAUAUGUACUUUAAUGAGAUUCUAUUAAUUAUCUUAAACAUUAGGUUAGCAAAGUCAAAGAAAGUAAUCAAACUCACAACAUACAUUUUUAAAACACCCCACACAAGUAUUUAAGUCUUCUUCUUUCAAAAGUAAGUGUCAUAAAUGAAACGAAUCAUAUUUUGAUGACUUUUCUAUACAAUGGAUUAAAUGCAUAGGUCACAACUGAUUAUGGGGCUAGACAAGACAUGCAAUAAUAGUGUGCAAAUUCAGAAAAGCUGUUACUUAAUUUUAAAUAUGUAAUUCCUUUGAUGUCUAAGGAACUACACUGAUUUUAAUGCAGAUGAGGGUAUAGGCCAGGUUUAAUUUCACCUAGAGUCAGAGUCAAUAUUCCUGUCUCAUGACCAAAAUAUAUUCUUCUCUAAUACCAGUAAUUUCCAAUACACACCAUGAAAAGAUCCAAUAGGCAUGUCUUUUCAUUCUUUCCUUGAAGCAGAAGUCAGUGGGGAAAAAAGGCUAUUAUAAGGAGAUUGUUCUAUAUGUGUGUCUAGACUACAGGGUUUUGUCGACAAAAGUGGACUUUUGUUGACAAAACUAUACCUGUGCCUACA